UCUGUCGAACCUUAGAACGUCACGCACAGGCCAAUAUAUGUAAGAAGAAUAAAAUAUAAAACGUACCUAUUGGGAACGAAGGUUGUAGGUUAGACCAAGAAAAGUCUACCUACACGAAGUUGUUUUGGUCUUUUACAGGUAAUUAAGGAUGUCAAGCAACGUGAACACAGAAGACGACGUGGUGCUGUCUGGGCUGUCGGGCCGCCUGCCCGAGUCCGACAGCAUCGACGAGUUCGCGCGGCAGCUGUUCGCCGGCGUGGACCUGGUCACCGCCGACGACCGCCGCUGGACGCCGGGUGAGCAUGCACUGCAGGAUGACGUGGUGCUAUCAGGGCUGUCGGGCCGCCUGCCGGAGUCCGAUAGCAUCGAGGAGUUCGCGCGGCAGCUGUUCGCCGGCGUAGACCUGGUCACCGCCGACGACCGCCGCUGGACGCCGGGUUGGUACGGGUUGCCUGAACGAAGCGGCAAGCUGAAGAACUUGACUCACUUCGACGCUUCUUUCUUCGGAGUGCACCCCAAGCAAGCGCAUUUCAUGGACCCGCAGCUGCGCUUGCUGCUGGAGGUGACGCACGAGGCCAUGGUGGACGCCGGCUUCAACCCCGUCGAGCUGCGCGGCUCACGCUGCGGGGUCUACGUAGGACUCACCCGGUCAGAGAGCUUUGGCGCGUGGUCCCGCGACAAGGACAAAAUCAAUAGUUACAUUGUAACUGGCUGUAGCAACUCCAUGAUCUCAAACCGGGUUUCUUACGCAUUUGACUUAAAAGGACCCUCGAUAUCAAUGGACACCGCCUGUUCAAGUGCUAUGACCGCGAUGGCUCUGGCCGUGAACGAUAUCCGUAGUGGCCGCUGCGACGCCGCAGUAGUCGCCGGCACAAACCUGUGCCUCGAUCCGGCCUCUUCACUUAACUACCAUCGGUUGACCAUGCUCUCGCCGGAUGGUCGUUGCGCCGCGUUCGACGACAGUGGAUGCGGCUACGUGCGUUCCGAGGCUGUGGUGGCCGUGCUGCUGCAGCGCCGGCGCGACGCACGCCGCGUCUACUGCACUGUUCGAGGCGUUGGCAUCAACAACGAUGGCUACAAGGAGAAGGGAAUUACGUACCCCACGGGCGCCAUGCAGCGUCGCCUCGCGCAAGAGACUUUCGAGGAGGCUCAGUUACAACCACAGGACGUUGUCUACAUAGAGGCACAUGGCACUGGUACAAAGGCGGGUGAUCCCGAAGAGGUGAACGCGAUUGCAGAGCUGUUUUGUAAGGACCGACGGACGCCGCUGCUUCUUGGCUCGGUCAAAUCUAACAUGGGUCACGCGGAGCCGGCCUCCGGGCUUUGUUCCAUCGCCAAGCUGGUGGUAGCCAUGGAGCGCGGUGUAAUAUCCGGCAACCUGCAUUUCAAAACUCCUAAUAAGAAUAUACCUGCGUUCAGGGAUGGUCGUAUACAGGUUGUAAACAAAAACACCGAAUGGCAAGGCGGUCUGGUGGCGGUAAACUCUUUUGGGUUUGGCGGCUCCAACGCGCACAUAAUCCUGGAAGGAGGGUGUGGCGCGCGGCCCCCUCCCGCCGUGUACCCCGCGCCGCGACUGAUUCUCGCCUCAGGUCGUACCAGAGAAGCAGUGGAGCGCAUGCUCCAGCUGGCCGCCGCGCACCCCUGCGACGCAGAGCUGCACGCUCUCAUAGACGCCGUGCACGCGCAUGCCAUCCCCGGUCACCUGCGACGCGGGUACGCCGUGCUCAGCGCGACAUCUCUACAACUCGAGGUGCUAGAGAGCGAGGCCGAGCCGCGCCCGAUCUGGUUCAUGUUCAGCGGCAUGGGUUCACAAUGGGCCGGCAUGGCGCGCGCACUGCUACGCGUGCCGGUGUUCGCUGCGAGCAUCGCACGGUCAGCAGCGGCGCUGGAGCCCCACGGCGUGAAUCUCCUGCACUUGAUAACAGAUGCGCCGGCUGCCGCUUUCGAUGACGUUAUCAACUCUGGAGUCUCUAUCGUUGCCGUGCAGGUGGCGCUGGUGGAAGUGCUGCGCGAGCUGGGCGUACGACCGGACGGCAUCAUCGGACACUCUGUCGGGGAAGUAGGAUGUGCUUACGCCGAUGAGUGUCUGAGUGCGGAGCAAGCCGUGUUGUGCGCUUUGUGGCGCGGGCGCAGCAUCGUGGACGCCAAGCUGCCCCCCGGGGCCAUGGCCGCGGUCGGCCUCUCUUGGAAGGACGCCGUGCGACGUUGCCCCGCGGACGUAGAACCAGCCUGCGACAACUCUGCAGACAGUGUCACAGUCUCGGGCCCGCCAGCCUCAAUAGAGAAGUUCGUGGCUGAGCUGACCGCUGAAGGUAUUUUUGCUCGGCGCAUCAACAGCUCGGGAGUGGCGUUCCACAGCUCUUACGUGGCGGGCGCCGCACCGCAGUCGCUCAGCCGCCUGACGCAGCUUAUCCCUGCGCCGAAGAAACGCAGCGCGCGCUGGCUCUCCUCCUCGGUGCCACCGGAACACUGGGAAUCCAAGUUGGCUCGGACGUGCGACGCCGCGUACUUCGUGAAUAACUUAGUGUCACCGGUGCGGUUCGCGAGCGUGCUGGCGCUGGUGCCGGCGCGGGCGCUGCUGCUGGAGGUGGCGCCGCACGCGCUGCUGCAGGCCAUCGUGCGACGCGCGCUGCCGGACGCGGUGCACGUGCCGCUCGUGCGCCGCGACGCGCCCGACGCGCUCGUCCACUUCCUCGCCGCAGUGGGCAAGACUUACGCAGCCGGCGUACAACCUCAGGUGUCGCGACUGUACCCGCGUGUGUCGUGGCCGGUGUCCCGCGGCACGCCCGCGCUCGCGUCGCAUGUCGGCUGGGACCACUCCGUGGAGUGGAGCGUGGCGGACUUCAAGACGGCCGGUCGCAGCGAGACCGUCAUCGAGUACGACCUCGGCAGCCCCGGAGACGCCUUCCUCGCGGGCCACGACAUCGACGGCAGAGUCCUCUUCCCCGCGACCGGAUACCUUGCGCUGGUGUGGCAAACGGUAGCGAAAAUGAACAACCUGGAAAUGGAGCAGGCGGCGGUGGUGCUAGAGAAUGUACAUUUCCGUCGCGCCACCAUCAUGAGCCACGGCGCGCCGGUGCGCUUCCUCGUGUCGCUGCUGAGCGGCUCGAGCCAGUUCGAGGUGUGCGAGGGCGGCGAGGUGGUGGCGACGGGCACGGCGCGCCUCGCCGCCGACCCCGCCGCCGAGCGCUUGUCCGCCGUCGCGCUGAGCGAGUACCACACCGAGCAGGAAGACCUGCCGCCGCUGGACUCGGAGGACAUAUACAAAGAGCUGCGCCUGCGCGGCUACAACUACAAAGGCGUUUUCCGCGGCAUCAAGUCCUCGGACGCGCGCGGCACGCGCGGCUUACUCAAUUGGGAGGGAAACUGGAUUUCGUUUAUGGAUACGGCGAUACAGUUUUCCCUUAUCGGCAUCGACAAGCGAGUCCUAUAUUUGCCGACCCGUCUGCAGCGAGUAGUGAUCGACCCCGCGGCGCAGCGCGAGGCGGCGGGCGCCGCCGGCGGCUCGGUGCCGGUGCGGCUUUACCGCGACCUCAACGUCAUCGUCGCCGGCGGUGUCGAGUUCCGCGGCGUGCAGACCUCGCUGGCGCCGCGCCGCACUCACGCCCAGGCGCCGCCGCGCCUCGAGAAGUACGAGUUCGUGCCGCUGGACAACGCGGCAGAUAAGAACCCCGCGAGCGCGGCGCUGGGUGCUGUGUUGCAGCUCGCACUCGAGAACUGCAAUGUACUCACGCUGAGACUGGCCGAGCUGACUCUGGGGCGACCUGUGGACGCGCUAUUACUGCCACGUGCAGUGCACGUGCUGGAAGCGGAGCCUGGCGUGCGCGUGGACGCGACGCUGGCGGCCGACGUUGACGUGGCGCAGUACGCCGCCGCCAUGGAUCCCCUAGGGAUAAAGGUGGUGAAGAGCGACGAGUUGAAGAGCGGUUGCCACGUGGUGAUGGGCGCCGACGUGUUGGCGCGGCGCGACGUGCUGUGUUCACUGGCAGCGGCGAGCGGCGCCGGCGGCUUCGUGCUGCUGGAGGAGACGGCGGGCGCGCUCGACGAGCCAGCAGUGCGGGCGGCCGCCACCGCCGCAGGACUCACUCUGGUGUCGCGAAGCCGCUCCGCGUCGUGCGAAUACAUGCUGCUGAGGCCUGCAGCAACCGUGCCGGCGACCAGCGUCAUCAUAGAAGUGCGCGACGACGAUUACUCGUGGGUAGAGCGGCUGAAGGUCGUCCUGAAGCGCGCCGAGAGCGAGGACCUGCGCGUGUUCGUGUGGUCGCGCGCGCACUACUCCGGCGUGCUGGGGCUGGGGACGUGCCUGCGGCGUGAGCCUGGCGGCGCGCGCCUGCGCGUGUACUACCUGCCCGACGCGCCGCACGCGUUCGCCGUCGACGCGCCGGCGUACCGCGCGCAGGUGCGGCGCGACCUGGCUUUCAACGUGCUGCGCUCCGGCGUCUGGGGCACCUACCGCCACCUGCCGCUCGAAGACACGGCACCCAUCCAACGACAGGUGGAGCACGCGUAUGUGAACACACUGACGCGCGGCGACCUGUCGUCGCUGCGGUGGGUGGAGAGCGAGCUGCGCCACGCCGCGGCCGCGCCGCCGCCGCCGCGCACCGACCUGUGCCGUGUCUGCUAUUCGGCUGUCAACUUCCGCGACAUCAUGCUCGCCACCGGCAAGCUGCCCCCCGACUCUCUCCCCGCAGGGCUCGCUGAUAAGGAAUGUAUGCUUGGGUUGGAGUUUAGCGGGUAUUCAUCAACUGGCAAGCGCGUAAUGGGCAUAGUUCAGGCGAUGGGCUUAGCAACCACAGUGCAGGCGGAUGAGACUCUUACGUGGGAAGUGCCGGAGCAGUGGUCGCUGGAAGAGGCAGCGACAGUGCCCGUGGCGUACGCGACGGCGUAUUACGCGCUGGAGGUGCGCGGGCGCAUGCGUCGCGGCGAGGCCGUGCUAGUGCACGCGGGUGCGGGCGGGCUCGGUCAGGCCGCCAUCGCCGUCGCGCUACACGCCGGCUGCAUCGUCUACACCACCGUGGGCUCGCCCGCCAAGCGCGCCUUCCUUCGCGAGCGCUUCCCGCAGCUGCCCGACGCCAACAUCGGCUACUCGCGUGACUGCUCCUUCGAGCAACUCGUGCUGCACCGCACGCGCGGCCGCGGAGUCGACCUCAUCCUCAACUCACUCGCGGGCGACAAGCUGCAGGCCUCGCUGCGCUGUCUCGGGCAGGGCGGUCGCUUCCUCGAAGUCGGCAAGCUGGACCUGAGUGCCAACACGGCGCUGGGCAUGGCAGUGCUGUUGAAAAACGCGACGGUGCACGGUGUUCUGCUGGAUGCGUUGUUCGGCGAGACCGAAAACCACCCGGAGAAAGCGGAGAUGAUGCUGUGUGUAAAAAGAGGCAUUGCUACCGGCGCCGUGCGCCCGCUUCCUGCCAACGUCUACACUAGCGAACAACUCGAGCAGGCCUUCCGGUACAUGGCGACGGGCAAGCACAUCGGCAAGGUUGUGAUUCGGGUGCUUGACGAGGAGCCAGCGAUCGAAAAGGCGCGGCCACGGUUACUGCCCGCCUUGCCCCGCGUGUACAUGCAUCCUGGGAAGACCUACGUGCUUGUCGGCGGGCUGGGAGGCUUUGGACUGGAGCUGUGCGAGUGGCUGGUGAGCCGCGGCGCGCGCACCGUCGUUCUCUCCUCGCGCAGAGGAGUGCGCACCGGCUACCAGUCCUGGUGCAUCCGCAGAUGGCGCUCGACGGGCGUGCGCGUGCUGGUGUCGCUGGCGGACGCGGCGACGGCGGCGGGAGCGCGCGCGCUGCUGCUGGAGGCAGCGGCGGCGGCGCCCGUCGGCGGCAUCUUCAACCUGGCCGCCGUGCUACGCGACGCCCUCCUCGAGAACCAGACGCCGGAAGCUUUCCGUGCCGUCGCCGAACCCAAGAUUGAGAUGACUCGCUGGCUGGACUCGGAGUCGCGCGAGUUGGCACCGGAGCUAGAGUACUUUGUGGCGUUCUCGUCGGUGUCGUGCGGGCGCGGCAACGCGGGCCAGAGCAACUACGGGCUCGCCAACAGCGGCAUGGAGCGGCUGGUGGAGCGGCGGCACGCGGCGGGGCUGCCGGCGCUGGCGGUGCAGUGGGGCGCCGUCGGCGACGUGGGACUCGCGGCCGCCUUGUUCGGGGACGCGGAGGUGGCCGGCACGGUGCCGCAGACCAUCUCGUCGUGUCUGCACACGCUGGAGAAGCUCUUGUUGAUGCCGCACGCCGUGGCUUCGUCCAUAGUGCACGCCGAUAAGCGACUCACUCGAGACCAGCCCGCUCAGGACAUUGUCCAAGCUGUCGCCAAUGUGCUUGGUAUCCGGGACGUGAACAAGGUGUCCUCGACGGCGACCCUGGUGGAGCUGGGGCUAGACUCGCUGAUGGUUGCCGAGAUCAAGCAGGUGCUGAAGCGCGGAUACGACUUGGUGCUCGGCGUGCAGGACGUCCGCGCGCUCUCGUUCGGCCGGCUGCGAGGCCUGGCCGGCGCGCGCGCGCCGAGCGCCGCCGCCGACUGCGCGCCGCCCGCCGGCGCCGAGCUCAUGCCCCGGCGAGUGCUCAUCGAGCUUCCCUCGCUGCCUCCUGCAAACGCCGAUGACAAGCCGAUAUUUAUGGUGCACCCGAUCGAGGGAGUGGUGGAGCAGCUGCGCGGCGUGGCUGCGCACGUGCGCGGCGCGGUGCUCGGGCUGCAGUGCACCGCGGCGGCGCCGCUGGACAGCAUGGCGGCGCUCGCGGGCUUCUACGUGUCGAGCGUGCGCGCCGCGCAGCCGCGGCCGCCGUACACGCUGCUCGGCUAUUCGUUCGGCGCGUGCGUCGCCUUCGAGAUGGCGCUGCAGCUCGAGCGCGCCGGCUGCGCCGUCCGCCUAGUGCUCGUCGACGGCUCGCCCGACUAUGUCGCCUCGCGCAUUCAGAACUCUAAGCAACACUCCAUUCAUUCGCUUCAACACGACGAUGCUUAUUUACUUGCCUAUUUGGGGCAAAUGCUUUAUGACCUGGACCCUGUAAUGACGGUGAGCGAGCUGAAGCCUCUGCCGGAUAUGGAGGCGCGACUGCGCCGUCUCAGCGAGAUGAUCGCCGCUCGCGGCACGGUCGUGCAGACGGACGAGUUGCGCGCCGCGGCGCGCGCCGUGCUGCACAGACUGCUGAUCGGCGCCAGCUACCGGGCCGCCACGCGGCUGCAGGGGCCCGCGACGCUGUUCACGGCGCGGGGCGGCGGGGACUACGGGCUGCGCGCGGCGUGCGCCGGCGAGCUGCGCGUGCGCCCGCUGCCCGCCUCGCACCGCGGCAUCGUCUCCGGCGACGCGGCGCGCGCCAUCGCCGACCACGUCUCCGGUUUGCUCGCCCGACGCUGACCAG